CGUACUACUAAGCCGAUUCAUGCUUAAAGCCGAUAUUCGCGCUGACUAAUAUUUAAAAUUGAUACAAACCUCGUUUCGCUUUUUUCUGAACAAAUGACGAAAGUUUGACGACACACGUAAUCUCAUAUCAGUUGUGUUUGAUCACAAAAUGGAUUCAAAUUCAAGCGAGCGGUCUCCGGCGGAGGAAGGGGAGCUGGAAGACGGUGAGAUCUGUGAUGAUGAAACCGAGGAGAAUGUACCCAUACUGCUGGCCGGCCGAAGGCCUACCAGCGACUCAUCAGGGACUCAAACACGACGUGCACAUUCACACGGCUUGCUGUCGCAUAUGGCGCAUCCGCCACCGGAUUUUCGACUGCCAAUGCCGUACAACCGAGGACCUCAUGCAGUACACGGCCACUUUCCUCCGGGCCACAGACAGCCACAGUGUGUGCCAGGUGGGCCCGAGCGACCUCCGCCGGGACUCGACAGUACCCCGGGUCCACGGUCCAGCUUUUGGGAACGGAGUCACGGUGCCUUGGGUCGGUUCAGACACCGGGCGGUGCCGAACGGAGGGCGCGGAGGCAGGAACAACCGGGGAGGUUGGGGUGGGGGUGGUGGUGGUGGUGGGUCGGGGAGAGGUACUGGUAAUAUUAGACCUCUCAUGGGACGAUAUGGUCUUGGGGAGACCCACGUCAACUUGAAGGAACCCCCCACAAGAAAACAGAAGCAAUCAGGGAGGAAUCAGGUAAGAAAACCAGUGCACAGUAUUGCCAAACCAGAAAAUGGUGUUGACGAGACCUUUGAGGACUUGCUGUCAAAGUAUAAGCAGAUACAGCUUGAGCUGGAAUGCAUUCGGAAAGAGGAAACCAUGGCUCUGGAGCCUAAAGGUUCCCCAUCAAGAGGGGAGGCAGCAGACCCCUCUUCCAGUAUUUCCGACACCAAGCCAGUGAUCACUCAUGGACCAGUAUCAGAAAUAGCCAGUAUUCAGUUUCAUGCUGCUUCAGAUGAAGGAAUGGUCCCAGAGAAGGAUGACAAAAAAGUUUUCCUGGCUUUCAACAUCAAACCACUGCGCCAAAAACUGCUUACACCUGCAGAGCUGGGUGCGCUGAAGAACAAACUGUCAGACCAGGAGAAUGAGGGAGAGGAUGGUGAAAUAGAUACAGAGCCCAGCCAAACUCCAACGCCAGAUGUAAAGGAGAAUGAGAAAGGCCCAAAUGAUCCAGCAGCCGCUAUUGUUAAAGGAGAUGAAGAGAAAACAGACCAGGGCGGAGAAAUGACAGCAGACAAAACGGACAGAGCAGAACAGACGACAAGGAAAAAGAAGUGCGUGUCCUGCAGUAAAGAUGUGGAUGAAGGAGAGAAGGUGAAAACCAAGAAGUCUUGUGCAAGCUGCAGUGACUUGUCCACCUCCAGCGGGGAAUCUUCCUCCUCCCCUGACAAACUGGAGACAUCGGGUAAAGUUGAGGAGGAGGAGCUGUCGGAGCUGCAGCUACGUCUCCUGGCCCUUCAGUCGGCCAGUAAAAAGUGGCAUCAGAAGGAGCAGCAGGUGAUGAAGGAGAGCAAGGACCGAAUCACCAAGGUCUCCCAGGAGAGAAGCUUCAACGCGGGGCCCGUAGCUGCUCAGGCUAGCCGGCAGAGAGUCACCACCAGGUCUGCCUCUACGGCUGCUGCCUCAGAGAGGGCCAGGACAAGGUCCAAGCCCCUGGAGAGGGACAGAGAGAGGGCCAAGGCUGGGGCCAAGGCUGGGGCCAAGGCUGGGGCCAAGGCUGGGGCCAAGGCUGGGGCCAAGGCCGGGGCUAGGCCUCAGGAGAGGGACAGGGAAAGAUCAAACCUCUUGGAGAGGGAAAGGGCCAAGCUGGGCCCCAAGCCACCGGUUGACAGGAACAGAACUCCUGCCAAGCCUCAUUCAGCCAGGAAGAUUCUCAGCUCUGGUCCAGCAGCCAAGCAGGCUUUCCGGAAACAGCAGCUUCGGACAUGGAAGCUGCGGCAGCAGCAGGAGCUUGAGGAGAAGCGCCGGCAAGAGGAAGAGGAGCGUCGCAAGCGGGAGGACGAGAUACGCAAGAUCCGUGACUUGUCCAACCAGGAUGAACAGUACAACCGCUUCAUGAAACUUGUUGGGGGCAAGGCCCGCACCCGCAGCAAGUCAAGGGACCAGGAACACAGGAAAUCAACUGGCAAACAAGGCCUGGAUGUCUCUGGGAACCUCUACCAGUAUGACAACUAUGAUGAGGUUUCGAUGGACACAGACAGUGAGACCAAUUCACCAAUCCCUUCACCUACGCACAACCCAUUUGUUGCUGACGACACUGGCUUGGUCUCUCAUAGCCCUCUGUACGCUGCAGACUCCCUUCCAUUUGGAAUGGAUUUCACGAAGCCUUUCCUGUCCCCCCUGCUGACGACUGUGCCUCCACCGCCGCCCCCACUCCCCCCGCCGCCGGAUGAUGCGGAACAGCCCCCUAAACCUCCCUUCGCUGACGAGGAAGAGGAGGAGGAGAUGCUGCUCAGGGAGACCUGCCUCAUGUCUAUGGCCAGCAAGAGAGUCUCUGUUCCAGAGGAAAAGACUACCACUAGCGGUCCACCAUCUCCAAGUCUCCAAUCAUCUGUGGGGGUUCAGCCAGCAACCAGGGGUAACCUGAGCACGGUCAGCCUGAACACGGUGGCCCUGUCACGGAGCAAAAAAUUCGCCAGAGGGCAUCAUGCUCCCAGAGCGCCUCUUGUACUCCCCCGACACAAAGCAGUGGUGGUGCAGCUGAAUGAUUCUGAUGACAGCGAAUCUGACGCCGACGCCUGCAGCUCCACGCCAGCAGUGUUCGGAGGACUUGAGUUCAUGAUCAAGGAAGCCAGGAGGACUGUCGAGGCAGCAAACCCAAAAGGAGUCUCUGGUUCUGAGAAAGAGAACAACCCGGUCAGGACUCCAGAAGCCUUGCCUGAUGCCAAGAAGGCAGAGUACCGCCAGCUCAGAGAGGAAAUUGCCAGCAGGGAGAAGCUGAAGAUGCUGAAGGAGCACAGUCACAGCCCUCGGCACUCUGCUUCCCCGGUGGUUUCUGACUCUGAGGUGGACUUACUAUCAGCCAAAGCAACAGCGGAGAUCCAGCUGACUGAAGCAGAGGAGCGGCUGAGCAAACACAGAACCCUGCUGCAGAAAGAUGAAGCCAUCCUGAGGCAGUUGCUCCAACAGGAGCUGAAAAAGCGCGAGUCGCUCAAGACGGCGGAGGCUAAGGUGACCAAGCUCAAAGAACAGCUGCUGGCCUCUGAGAAGAUAGUUAGUGCCAACAGAAUCCUCCUCAAGAAGCUCCAGGAACAGGUGCAUCGUGUGGAGCAUCGCGUGUCCAUAAAGAAGAGUCUGGCAAUCAAGCUGGAGAGGGAGCUGGCCCACGUCCAGAUGGCCACUGGCAGGGGGCUGAAACGCCGCGCAGACUCCAGCCAAAUUCCGCCUGUGAAACUGCAGCUUAUGGACCGGGCUCCCCGUGGCUCAGAGCACCACUUCGCCGAGCUGAUUGCCCAGAAGCAGAGGCUGCAGCAGCUGGAGUCAGAGUAUGCCCUCAAGAUCCAGAAGCUGAAGGAAGCCCAGGCCCUGCGCAACCGGGGUGCCAUGUUAGAACCUCCUGCCGAACUGCCUCAGCAAGCAUCCACCCCGCCACACCUCCAAAGCCAGAUACCGCCCACUUCAAGCCCCUUCCCCCUGCCUCAGCCUUCCCUGCAUGACCUCACCCAGGACAAACUCGUACUGGAUAGUGGGGACGUCGCCGAGACGGAGGAAAGCGAGGCUGAACCUGCUGCUUCCAUCAAGGGCACCCGCCGCCGCCACUCACUCCGACAGUCCAGCUCCUUCACCAAGCCCAAUCUUGAGCAGCUAGGCUUGACACCAGCUAAAGACAACAGCACCGCCAAGGCCACGCCUGCCUCAACGGGGACUUCAGAAGUAUUCGCUGGGCUGGACAUAGAGGCCCUGAAAGAGAGAUAUCAGCAGCAGGCGCGGCUUGGGGAACUUUUGCUAAGUGAACUGCAAAAUGUGAGGGAGGACACUGGCAACCCCUCAGUCGGAAAGGUGCUUGCAGUCGAUGCAGAAGCAGUCACAGGCCAAGCAGCGAAUCUAGAUCUGAAGCCUGUUCCCUUUGGACCUUACCGAAGUCCUCUCCUUGUCUUCAAGUCUUACAGGUUUAGCCCAUACUACAGGACCAAGGAGAAGUUGUCAUUGAGCUCUGUGACGUACAGCAACAGCAUAGAUCCCAGGAAGUGUUUUUGCCAGUUUGACCUCACAGGCACCUGUAAUGACGACGACUGCCGAUGGCAACAUAUGAGAGAUUGUACUUUGACUGGAAACCAGCUUUUCCAGGAUAUUCUGUCCUACAACCUGUCCCUGAUCAGCUGCUCAGAGAGCAGCUCUAACGAGGAUAUAAAUAAUUCCACAGAAAAGUAUAUCAAGAGGCUGUUCGGCACGAAAAAGGACUGCAUGGGGAUCGACCAGAAGGCCGUGCUUCUUGUGAGCAAAGUGAACGAAAGUAAACGCCACGUGCCUCCCUUCACCACGUGUAAGGACAUGAGGGGGUGGAGACCAAAACCGUCAAUUCCGGUGAGCCCCAGCCCAACAGAAGACAGUGAGGACGAGAGUGUAGACAGCAGCGUGUCUCUGGAAAAAUACAAUGACGGCUCCAAAACCAGCUUGUCCACCCUGGACGUGUGUGUCACUUCAGAAGACAAGCGCUAUUUUGUCAGUGAAACGGACGACAUAUCAAACCUGGAGAGCAGUGUGUUGGAGAGCCCCAAGGUUGCUCAGCUUUGGAUCAAGCUGGCCUUCAGAUACCUCAACCAGAUUGAAGUCCCUGCAUCAGAGUGCUUGGAUGCCGCCUUGAACACACUGUCCCGUGCCCUGGAGGAUAACUGCGACAACCCAGAGAUUUGGUGCCACUAUCUGUCGCUGUUCUCCAGGCGAGGGAGCCGGAAGGAGAUCCAGGAGAUGUGCGAGACGGCUGUUGAGCACGCCCCCGACUGCCAAGUGUGGUGGAGUUAUUUGAACUUGGAGAGCUCAUUCGAAGGGAAGGACUUUGUCUGUGACCGUCUCCUGCAGAACCUGCUCACUACACUGGCCUCCAACGGUGUCAUGGAGAAGACCUCUUUCCAUCUCCUAGAGGCUCUACUCUACAGGGUCAACAUCAAUCUGUUCACAGGCCGAAUGGAGAGUGCCCUGGCCAUCUUACAGAAUGCCUUGAAAUCAUCUAGUGAGAGAAGCAUCGCUGACCACCUUUUGGCAGGUGACCGCGCCCUGCUGUGGCUCUCUUACAUCCACCUGACAGAGUUUGACUGCCUGCCCUCCAGCCUGUAUGACCCGGCUAUUUCCAGCCCGUCCCGGCUGGUCAGCAGAGAGCCAUUCCAGCUCCCCUGGCAAGCGCCACAAGAUAUCAGCACCCCACCAGACAUCCUGAUUGCUCUGUUCGAAGAUGCUAUCCAUCAGUGCACCAAUGAAACCCUGCCACCAGGAGAAAGGACACUUGCCUGUAUGCCUCUCCACACCAACCUUAUCUUCCUAAAUAAACUCUUGGAAAGGUUUGACAUGGGCAUUCAGCUGUGCCAGUCCCUGCUGGAGGUGUGCCCUGAGUCGUGUGUCUUGCGCGAUGCCCUGGCUGAUCUCCACAUACAACAGGGCAACAGUGAUAAGGCUGUGAGCAUGUGGCUGCAUGCCCUGGCGGAGUGUCCGAACAAUGCGCAGGUCUUCUACCACACCUGCAAGUUUCUCAAGGAUCAGGAGAAGUCCAAUGCCAUUGUGCCAUUGUUUCGGGGAUUCAUCCUGUCUCUCUGUGAAGAUGAACAGAGUCAGAGGCCACCUGUGGAUGUUUUGCAGCACAUCCUUAAUAUUCCCACCAAGGAAAUCCUGGCAGGCCCAAUCGUCAAAAAGGAUCUCCAGGACCAACUCAACCAUCAGAAGCCAUACCUCCACCUAAUUCACUGUCACUGGCAGUGGCUACAUGGUACUGCAGAGGCGACGGUGGAUGCCUUUGAGAGGGCCCUGGGAUCAGUCUUGGCACUUGAGGAACUUCACAAACUCUGGAUGGAUUACCUCCUGUUUACCAGCAGUAAGCAGAAUGGAGGGUUGACCAACAGCCAUAAGCCCCAGCAGUUCUCAGACCUGGUUCGGCGUUGCCUGGCCACAGUUCCCUCCCGAUUAGAUAUCCCCUUCAGGCCAGCAGAGUACUGGAGCUGCUACAGCUUCCACAACAAGGUGGUGGCUUACUAUCUGAGCUGUGUGCCUCAAUCCCAGCAUUCCUUUGUAUUGGAGCGACUGCAAUAUGCCAUGCCCAGCAAUAUCGAACUGGGCCUGAGGUUGCUUCAGCGGGACUGGCAAGACGGCAAAACUGAGCAGCUGAAAUUCCAGGCCAGAAUGUUGACCGGUAGUGCUCCCAAGUGUUUGGCCACCUGGAAAAUAGCUAUUGCUGUGGAGAGGGAGCUGAAGGAGCGAAUGGAGGUACGGCGUCUCUAUCAGCAAGCCCUCAAGAAUCUUCCACUGUGUGCCACCCUGUGGAAAGAUCGUCUGCUGUUUGAAGCUGCUGAGGGAGGUAACACAGAUAAACUGAGGAAACUUGUUGACAAGUGUCAAGAGGUGGGCGUGAGUCUAAGUGAGCCCCUAAAUUUAGGCCCGGGGAGGAUCCCUGACGCUCACGGCACCCCUCAGGUCGCCUGCCCCCACCUCCAUCCUCUCGUAAAGAAUUAGUUUGAUAAGAGCAAAGGUUGAAAAAGAAAAAAAACCCCACUAAAUUGGCGCUAGGCAUUCAAUCAGACCAGACUAAUGAUCCCUGGCCGUCGCCUAGGUAAGACAGAAAAGGUCGGUGGGGAGGAAGGAAGGAAGGAGGAGGGGGGGGCUGCUCUAAAUAGUCACCCCCAACAUCGCCAACCCACCCACAAGAGCCGCUCUCUCAAAGCCAGAGGGCGCCAGAAGGCAAAGGGACGCUCGGCACGGAGGCCAAUGAAGUGCCUCGCAUGUCCAGUACAGUCUGGGCCCUCUUAGGUGACCUUAACAUCACGUACGUAAGUAUAGACCCUGCUAAGUGACUCAGUUUUACUUUUUUUUUUGUCCCCCCUCCCUCCCACCCGCCCCCUCGUUUUUUAAUUUAAGUGUUUCCCUUGUUUUGUCGUGCUGUCACUUUUAAGUUGGAUUUUGUUCCCCUUCUUUGCCUGGGGAGGGAAAGGGACGGAAGGGGAAGCUGACGUCUCACUGUGGUGUGUCAAAGCCCUUUGUGUUUUGAAAGGAUGUUUCCCCCGUAGUGAUGCUGCAACAACUGUGUACAGUAUUCUCGUCCCGCUGUCUCCCAAGGAAAGAGAUUGACUUUUUUUUCCCUUUAUUUCGUUGAGGUCAUCAUAUAUUUAAAAAAAAAUUUUUUUAAAAAAGCAAAAAAAAAACAAACAAACAAACCAAAAAACUGGAAAUUGAAGUCCAUGUGUACCAUGGCUGCCUGCCAAUCUUCUAUCUGGCCUUGUUCGUUCAGCGUGUACUUGUGAGACUGCCACGGAGACUGUCAACGCUGAGACUUUCCCCUGCCAGCCGACCGACGGGGAAAGGCCUUUAAACACAUUUUAUUAGUGGAGCAUGAGACAGUCAGGACCUCGCUAGCACGUCCACUUGCACAAUUUUUGUUUUAUUUUUCUUUUGUCAAAAGUAAUUCUAUAUCACAAAAUGAUAUAUGAGAAUAAAUAAGUAUUAGCAAGGACAGGAGAGUUAAAAGUCCUUCCACU